ACCUCUCGGGCGAGUCCUUCGAGUUCAGCAAUGGCGAGCACAAGCUACCGGGUGUCAAGUAUGCCAUCGGCGGUCUCGGCAACCAGGCAAAACCCCAUCGCGAAGAGCGUCAAUGGGCUCUUGGGGGCGAGGGUGAUGACGACAAGAGCAUGGAGGACACCUGCUCUUCCUCGACGCUUGCGUCGCACUUCCCCCUUCUUUCCCAACCAUGUUGCAGGUCUCUAGACGAGUACCCUGCUCUCGCGUACCUUCGCACGACCGCUCACAAAACUACGUGCAAUCUAGGGUAACUCGUGUACCUCGGAGCGUAUCCGUGCUCCAGAUCGGUCGCUGGAAUCAUUCGCGAGGCCUUGCAACACCGGCGGAGCACGCGGCAAAGAGAGUCGAGGAAGACAACAAGAAGAUGGACGUCUAUGACGAGGAUACCCCGCCGCCGCCCGGCAAGGCCGGCCGGAAGCUCGACGCCAUGAGCAUACUGCGAGCCCGGAGACUUCAUCCCCGGGAAGACGUCGCCGCGAGCCCCCGCCCUACCAUGUACUGCGAGCAGCAGGCGGUGUUGGAUGGGGCGGCAAGUGCAUGUACUCUGUCCAGUCGCCACUCCGACCACCCACGCUCCCGCCGCCCUCCUCACGCCCUCCUCACGCGGAAUCGCCGCGCGCUCGGUAACCUUACCGCCCCCACUGCCUACGAGUUCGAGGUCGAGCGACCGCGCGACGUCAAACCCAUCGCGCAGAGCACGCCUGCGCACUUAGCCAAGCACCCAGAGGACGAACCGACGCUUGGGUGGAUGGCCGCGAAGGGACGACUGGCGCAGACGGAGGAGAACUGGAACGACUCCCGUGAGUACCGAAGUCACUCGCCCUCAACCUCCCUCUCCUCUGCGCCGGCGUUCCGCAUAUCCUUCCUCACUCGACCCGCCUCCACGUCCGCCAUCUGUUCACGUCCGUACUCUGCACGUCAACCUCGAGCUACGCGCCCCCGUCCUCGUCCGACUCGCAUCUGCCCUUUCAGCACGCGCCGGACGCCGGACUCUCCGCUCGGCGCGCCUGCGACCUCGCAGUGUCUCACCCAGUCGGCGACCCACCAACAUGAUCGCGCCGGCGCGCCCAGUAGUCCGUCCAUGUCUCCCCGAGUGCGCCGUGCUGGGCGCAUGCGAUUGCGUUCGAUGUGGACGGGGGCGGCCACGAUCAGCUACUGAGGUUCACGCAGGGACCCCAAGCUGAGUGAGCAACAACCGCACAGGUUGUACCGCUCGCCUGCCACUCCAGCCGCAUCCCUGCAGAGCUCGGCAGCACAAUUCAGCCGCAAGCAUCCAUUGUAACUCAGCUCGCCGCACUCGAUGCGUCCACACUGCGCCUGCGCUUCGCCUGGUCGCGACUUCCCCGGCCUCGCCUUAAACCAAAUGAGUUCCACAUCGGACUUCAACUUCCGCGAU